AUGUUUGGAUUUGUCAGCAAAUGCAUCCAGAGCUGCAUGGGGGAGCGAACAAGCCGCAAGACGAGACUAGUCACUAAAGAUGGUCGGUGCAACAUUGAAUACGGAAACAUCAAGUACAGCAAUCACUUAUCCUUCCUGGCUGACUUCUGGACCACCUUUGUGGAGAUCAGGUGGCGUUUUGUCCUCUUCCUCUUCAUCGCCUCCUUCACCCUCAGCUGGUUCAUUUUUGGUCUACUGUGGUACUGGAUUUCCCGCAGUAAUGGAGACCUGACGUGGCAAAACCCCGCAGAGGACCACACUCCAUGUGUUGAUAAUGUUGUAGGAAUGACCACAGCGUUCCUUUACUCCCUUGAAACCCAAACGACUAUUGGAUAUGGUGGUCGAGCACUCACCCCUCAUUGCCCAGGUGCUGUGGCCCUCCUCAUCAUCCAGUCCCUCCUCGGAGCCAUUAUUAACUGCUUCAUGUGUGGAGUGAUCCUGUCCAAAAUCUCUUUACCCAAAAAAAGGGCUAAGACCAUCUCAUUCAGUGACAUGGCUGUCAUCAGCCCCAAGAAUGGUUCUCUUUGCCUGUCCAUCAGAGUGGCCAACCUUCGCAAGACCCUGAUGAUUGGAAGCCAGAUCUACGGCAAGCUGCUGAGGACAACAAACACGGCAGAUGGCGACACAGUCAUCAUGGACCAGGUGAACAUCGACUUCAUAGUGGACGCCGGGAAGGACAACCUCUUCUUCGUGUGUCCACUCACUCUCUACCACAUGAUCGACAAGAGCAGCCCCUUCUUCGAGAUGGCGGUGGAUACGCUCCACAAGCAAGACUUCGAGCUGGUCGUCUUCCUGGACGGCACAGCGGAGUCCACGAGCUCUGCCUGCCAAGUGCGGACAUCCUUUGUUCCUCAGGAGAUCAUGUGGGGCUACAACUUCUUGCCCAUCAUCUCCAGAAGCAAGGAGGGCAAGUACAGAGUAGAUUUCUCCAACUUCUCCAAGGUGGUGCCAGUUGCCACCGCACACUGUCCCUACUGUUACCACAACAUCAAAGGUCAUCAUCACCACUCCAGAGACGGACAUGACAACCAGGGCUUUGAGGUGAUUGAGAUCAAUGACCCCCCCAAUUUCACCAAGAUGUGA